GUUUCAGAUCAGUAAUGCUGAGUGCGUACAUUCCGCCAACCAGUUGCACUUUACAGCCGGGCAGCACAGUGAAGAAGCGGGAGACAUCGCCACGCUCGAUGAAGAAGAUAUCCUCAUUUAUUCAUUUCAACCGACAGAAACAACUGAAAGAGGCUGAGCAAUACUUGCGAGACCAGGCCCUGGAGCAGAGCAGGAAAGAGGAGGCAGUUAGGAGACAGCAGGAGGAGGACAGGAACUACUUACAGAACAUCUCUGACGAAAUCAACGACUUGAAACGGCGCAAAGCAGAUUUGGAACUGUUGAGAGCAAAGGAAUUCAGCGAACUUCAGAGACAUUUAACAUCGUCUAGUUCCUCCAACAGAGCGCCUCACCAUCAUCAACAACAACAGCAGCAGCACAGUAGCCAGAGACACCAGUCACAUCAUUAUGAGUCGUCUUCUGGACAACAGCAGAGCAACUUGGCCAGAGGAGCCCAUGAACACAAUUCACAAAUGCACCAUUUGAAUCAUAGAACGAGGUCACCCGGGAAUUCAGGUUCUUCGCAUGGCUCUGCUACUCGUGUGACCAAUGGAACCCGGGGAUCCCAAUCUAACCUAGACUACCCUGGAACGCAAUUCUCCCAACACAGUAACCCCCACCCUCAAUCCCAGUCCAUGCACAUGGGUGCAAACACACAUACCUUGCAUCAUACAAUGUCGCCAGGUGGUAACCCCUCCCAUUUGGAAGUAACUCCUACAAGUGGGGUAAGAAAGCGAAACAGGAGUCGAAGUCCCUCGCCGCAAUUGGUUAAAAUGUACAGUCAAGGCACACGAUCGACAACUCCUAGAGGUUCUUCGAUGUCACCAGUGGCACAUGCAGUUGCCAGUAUGAACCUACCACCAGGAGUGACUCAUAGCCAAGUUAGAGGCAUUUACGACGCAAACCAAGCACACUACAACGCCACGGCGGCAGCCACUCUGGCUAAUUUUCAAAACGCCACAGCACAACAAGCGUCUGCUGUGGGACAACAAGGAGGCAACUCCAGAUAUCCUGGGAACCCGCAGCUGCACGGGAGUAGCGUGGAACAGCACCUGUCGGCGUCGCAGUAUGGUAGACAUCAUGCACACUCGGCCAAUUUGGCGGGACAGGCAGUGGCCGCGGCACAACAGCAAUCGGCAGUUGCGGCCGCUGCGUUUCACCAGCAACACGGAGGAAGGCCGAAUCUGUCGCAAUAUUCUGUGUCGAGUCGAGAUCAUGGCAAUGUUCACGGUGGCAACAACAUCAAUCUAGGUAACCCCGCGAACAACGUCUCAAGUCAUCUUCACUUGAAAGGAAGGUGGCCAACUGGUCCUGGAGGAUAUGGAUUGUCUUAACACAGUUUUGAUGAAUUUACGCCGCGAAGCUCAUUAGAUCAUUAAAUUUGUGCAUUAUUGUUAAUUGUAUUCUAAACUUUAUUUUUUUAUACUGGGUAGUAGUUAUUCAUGUGAAGGUGGUAUUCUGCAAGUGACAGAAUUCUAAGAAAUAGCUUCCAUGAACUUGAAUUGAAGUUUCAGUCGUUGGAUGAAGUAGAUGGAACUAAUAUUAAAUUAAAAUAUUAGUAAAAUCA